AUGUCACAAUGGGGAGAAAGAGGAGUUGGAUCGUCCAAAGCUUCUAGUGACGAUACAGGAGUAGUUAUUGGGAAGAUUAUGUCGACGCAAAUUCUAACAACAAUUCCAAUGAAACUUGUAAUUGUAUCAUUAACAACAACCUCUACAACAACAAGCUUUGAUCAGUCGAAAGACCAAUCGACAGGGAUUCCGACUACUGAAUGUGUAGGAGGUUUGAGUUCGGCUCUUGUCAAAAUAACUUCCAAUAAUGAUCCAAAAGACAAACGUAAAUCCAUUGAAUUUGUCAUGUAUAAUGAAGAAAAGAAGAGAUUACAAGCUAUCAAAUUGGAGAAACACAAGCAAAUAAAUAGUAUUUUGAGGCAAAGAGCUAACGAUCCACCAGGUUUGAACAAGGGAUAUCCCAACAAACAUCGGUGCUAUGAAACGAUUGAGAUAGAAGUACUUGGAAAAAAUGAUGAAUUCAGGAAAACACCAAAGAAAAGUUAUGAUACAGAGAAUUCAGAUUUUAUGCAGCUUCAUUUUCUGAUUAAUCACAACUUGUUCACAUCUCCACAAUUGAAGAUUGCAGAAAAUUUCAAUGAUAAAAAAAAUUCAAGAAGUUGA